GCAGUGGACAGAGAAAUACAUGAACAAAAAAUACGGUAUCCAAAAAAUAAAAGAAGCUUCUCUGUUUUGCUUUUAUCAUUAAUAAUAAUCAACUGAACGUUGAUAUAUCCUGUUUUUUUAGAAACUUGUUUGAUGUUUGUGUGAGUAGUGUUGAAGUAUGUCAGUGGAGCAUGAUUUCAUAGGCUUAUCAGCAGAACCAGAGGUUCCAAAUUCAAUGGAAAACUCAGGACUAAACCUGAAAGCAACGGAGUUGAGACUGGGGCUACCGGGCUCAGAGUCACCUGAAAGAGAGAGCAGUGAGAACAAGAACAACACUAUGGUUGCUUCACUGAAGAGCUUUGUGGGUUCAGGUGGUAAAAGGGGUUUCUAUGAUGCCAAAUGGGGUUUCUCUACAUGUGACCAUAACUUGUAUUCUGCAACAACUGCUGCUAGUACUGGAUCGAAGCUCCUUGGCCCUCCCAAUUCUCAUUUGUCUGCUCCGGCUGUGAAAGAGGCGGCUGCUCAGUCGCCAAAGCCGGUGGUGGUGCUGCAGGACAAGAAGCCUCAUGGAAUUGCUUCUUCUUCUUCAAAGGCAGAAGUUGUGGGAUGGCCACCAAUUCGCUCCUUCCGGAAGAACACAAUGUCUUCCCAUUCUCCGAAAAAUGAAGAAGAUUCUGAUGCCAAGCUGGGAUUGGGGUGCUUGUAUGUCAAAGUCAGUAUGGACGGUGCUCCCUAUCUGCGGAAAGUUGACCUGAAAACCUUCAGUAGCUAUACGGAAUUUUCGUCAGCUCUAGAGAAAAUGUUCAGCUGCUUUACAAUCGGUCACUGUGGCUCGCAUAAUAUUCGCGGCCGAGAUGGAUUGAGUGAGAGUGGAUUAAUGGAUCUUCUCCAUGGUUCUGAAUAUGUACUCACCUAUGAAGAUAAGGAUGGUGACUGGAUGCUAGUUGGUGAUGUUCCCUGGGACAUGUUCACCACCUCUUGCAAGAGGCUUAGGAUCAUGAAGAGUUCAGAAGCUGUUGGCUUAGCUCCAAGGGCAAUGGUGAAGUGCAAAAAUCGUAACUAGUCUGGUACAGACGCUUUUGCUACAAAUGGAUCUCAUAUUGUCCAUAGGGAAAAGACCAUUGAAAUUGCUUCCAUCUGAAUGUCGAAACUGCUUAAAGGGUAUCAUUAACUGAGUCCGCAAUUUGCUUAAAAUUGAAGACUUGUGUACUAGGAAAUAAUUUCUCUAGUUUUGCCAAGACAUAAUGUUUCUGGAGGAUUUAUUGAUAGGUUUCUCCUCUUUAUCUUUUUCGAAGUAUUUUGAUCAUGGCUGUAUAAAUAGUUUGUUGUACAGUCUCUCACUUGGUAUUAAAUAGAACUCUGGUAUUAUAAUCUC